CGGAGGGCCUGAGGCGGCAGCGGAGUGGAAUCAGCUUGGCAGAGAACCAGCUGCAAAAUGGCUACGCACCUCCGAUCGGCUGGUAAGAAAUGCACAGUGAUUGGUGGGUCAGGAUUCUUGGGCCAGCACAUGGUGGAGAAGCUCCUGGAGAAGGGCUACGUGGUCAACGUCUUUGAUAUUCAGAAGAGAUUUGACAAUGACAGAGUCAAGUUCUUCCUGGGAGACCUUUGUGACAAAGAGGCUUUGCUCCCAGCUUUACAAGGUGUGUCAGUGGCUUUUCACUGCGCGUCCCCAGCACCUUCCAGUGACAACAAGGACCUGUUUUACAAGGUGAAUUUUAUGGGAACCAAAGCAGUCAUUGAAGCCUGUAAAGAAGCUGGAGUCCAGAAGCUGGUGUUAACUAGCAGUGCCAGCGUGGUUUUUGAGGGCACAGACAUCAAAAAUGGUUCUGAGGACCUCCCUUAUGCCAAAAACCCUAUUGACUACUACACAGAGACCAAGAUCCUACAGGAGAAGGAAGUGCUCAGUGCCAAUGACCCAGCCAACAAUUUCCUCACUACUGCUAUUCGUCCCCAUGGAAUAUUUGGCCCUAGAGACCCUCAGCUGGUUCCCAUCCUCAUCCAGGCAGCUAAGAGUGGCAAAAUGAAGUUCAUCAUUGGGGAUGGCAAGAACUUGGUGGAUUUCACCUACGUGGAGAAUGUGGUCCAUGGGCACAUCCUGGCUGCAGAGCAUCUUCAGAAGGGCUCUCCCCUGUGUGGGAAGGCUUUUCACAUCACCAACGACGAGCCCAUCCCCUUCUGGGCUUUCAUGGCCCGCAUCCUGACCGGCUUGAACUACGACCCUCCCAAGUACCACAUCCCCUACGGGCUGGCCUAUUACCUGGCCCUCUUCCUCUCUCUGCUGCUCUGGCUGCUCAGGCCACUGGUCACCAUCAAGGCCACUUUCACCCCCAUGAGGGUGGCCUUAGCUGGGACUUUUCACUACUACAGCUGUGAACGGGCCAAAAGGGCCAUGGGCUACAAGCCAGUGGUGAGCUUGGAUGAAGCAAUAGAGAGGACUGUGCAGAGCUACCCCCAGCUACGCCGGGCUAAGGCCUGACAAGCCCUCCAUGGAUUCUUUGCUCCUUCAUUUUGGUCAUUCCUUUGACAUCCCCUUUGAAAACUGCAGCAAAUUUCAUCAGUAAUAUUCUGGGCCAAGGGAGUUCUCCUCAAGUCCUUCCUCCUGCUCUCUGUUAUCAAGGUGAUUUUGAUCAGGGUUAGACUUCCCCCCCCAUCACGUUGUGUCUGUGCUGACAGUUCUGUCCUUUGAUGUGUCUUCUGGGUUUGAAGCAGCUGCUGAACCCUGUGGACUGUGACCAAACACCCUGCUGUGCCCUCUUCAGCUCUCAGCAUUCCUUCACCUUCUCUCCCCACCCUCCUCUGUUUUGUUGCUCUGGGGCUAGCAGCCGCCUCCUCCAAGAGCUGCAGGCUGGGGAAUGAAACACUUCUCAGGACUGGUUCCUCUCUCUGUGGUUUGGCAGUUUUUUGCUAGACAAGAGGCUCAUGCCAAACCAAAAAAAAAUAAGCAGUUCUGCCACCAUCUCUUCAAUCACUGAAGAGAAUUUUGUUAUUCCCUCCCAGGAUUCUUUGGCUUCUUGCUGCAGCAUCCGAAGGAAACCUGAGAAGAGGCCUCUCUCUGCAGGGAGGCAUGGGCCUUUGUUUCUGCAGGAGCCUGUUUCUGCUCAGAAAUAACCCAAAUAAAUCAUGAAGAGAUGACUUCCUACUGUUGUGGUCCAUCUUUGAGAGGGCAGAGCCCGUUCUGAGCAUCUCAGCAUGAACAGGACUUUAAUCAUUCCUUCUGGGAGGGAGAAACCUUUGCUGUGGUCAG